AUGCCCGGUGUGAGGGUGACAGGGCCAGGGCUUCCAGACACGGCCCGUGUUCGUUGCUUGAUGGACUUGGCAGCCAUCUACCAUUUGGGCGCGGGUCCCCGUGCGACAGACCUUGUUCAGGAGGCCAAGCAGACAAACUGUUGGAACAAGAUCAAGGACCUGAUGCAGGACGUCUACCUUGACUAUUCGCAAAACCCCAUUAGAAAACCAUGGAGCAACAAGCAGAAGACCUCGAAAUGCAUGGCGACGUCAAGCGCCAUCUACUCGUUCAGUGACCAGCGCGCAGCCAAGUUCGCUGCUGAGAUUGACAAGAAGACGUCACUUCCUGCCUUCGACAUUUGCCGCUCGUGCGGUGACUUAGGCCUCAACAUCCGGCCGCAUGCAACCCUGGCCAAGAUCCAUGCCUGGUGGACGAACACUGGAGGUGCAAGAAUGCACGAUAAGGACUUCAAGGGCGACUUCGAAAUGGCCAGGUCGAAGUCCGAGCAGGCAGCAGACCCCUGGCCUUGCGAUCCCGCGUCGGAGGUUGCAGAGGACCAGGCCUACGGCUACUACGUGUUCGAGGAGAAGGGACUCCUCACCGCGCAGGAGUUCUAUGACCUGGAGGGCCGGCUGCCAACCGAUGCCAGUGUUGAGACAAUGUCGGUCCCUUGGCCCAAUCCUGGGUCCAAGCAGGAGAUGGUACUGGUCAACCUUAAAGGCUUGCCGCUUGAGGUGAUCCUCUCCAUGCGACGGGUUCACAUCUACUACGACAGCUCGGCAAGGCAGUCUGAAGUUCUGUUGCGCCCGGAGCGACAAGUGCUUUCUUCUCAGGGUUUCGCUACCUUUGAGCACGCCACAAGGAACCAUAUGAAGGAGCGCCCGGACCAGUUGAAGCCAGGAGCUGUUGGGGCUGACCUGGCUGUCACCAAGCAGAAGUUCCAGCGCAAGGCCCAUGCUUCCAGUUCCACCCCUGCAGUUGCACCGCCAAAUGCUGCAGCGCAGGAGUCUGACAGCGACGGGGAGGAUGACACAAGCAGUGACUCAGGCACUGAUGGGGCCGCUGGCCCUGAUCAGGGCAUUGGCCCACGGAAAAGCGCCAAGGUUGUGGCCAGGGAGCAGCAGGCGGCCAAGAAGAAGGCUGAGAUGCAGAAAAAGGCAGCGGAGAAAAAGGCUGCAAAGGCCAAGGCGACAGGAAGCGCGGACAAGUUUGCAGACUUGGGCGCUCGGGGGGCCCACUUGAACAGUGGCCGGGGAUCAUCCGUGAGAUGCCUGGCCAACUUGCAAACGGAGGUUUUCAUGCUGGGCCCCGAAGAGGCGAACGUGCCGGAGAUCACAUCCACCAAGUCCCUGUCAGCUGUGCUCACUGGAGUGCGCUUCUCAGCCAUUCACAGUGACAGACAGUCUAUGGCGCAGCGCAUCGCGGACACUCUCAAGGAGUCGGGCAAGAUGAGUUUUGCCGAGCAGCUCCAAGAGAGAAUAUUGGAGUGCAAGGCUGCGAGUAUCCUGCGUGAGCAAGAACCCAGCAACAUGCCAUUUGCAGAUGUGAAAGGAUAUGUGGAUCUUGUCCGUGGCUCUUGGUCCGUCAUGCCGUGGGAGACACAGCUGAAGCUGGCCGAGGCUUACUUCAAGAACAGCAUGACAGGGGUUCUGAUGCUUGCGAAGCAGCAGAGCGAGAUCACCGGCCCAACCCAGUGGGCGGCCAAAGCCAUGAAGCAGUUGCAGGGGCAACUCCAUGGCCUUUGUCUGCUGCUUUCCAAGGAGGAGAUGUCUCGUCCUGGUGUUGAAGUCUUGCAUGGAGAGCACAUCACCUUCGCCAAUAUCCUCCACCGGAUGAUUCUUGCGUACCAGGCCACUCACAAGAAGCCGGUCAAGAAGACUGCUCAGGACACCAGCGCAGUCACAGUUGAAGAGUUUGCGCUAGACAUUGACGACUACCUUGGAAAUGAGACUGCAGAUGCGGAGGCUUCGGCUGGAGAGACUGCAGGCUCGAAGGACCUUGCAGGUGUUCUCUCGUCUUGGGCACGGAGGCUGGCGCGCAUGUUUGGCGCGGAGGAGUUCCUGGACAUCCUUGGGCUGCAAGAGCAAGCCUCUGUUCCCAUCCAAGCCAUCUGCCAGAGCCUUCUGAGCAGCUUGUGUUCGCCAGAGGCUCGUGGGCUACGCAAGUCUCCUCCUGGGGAUUUGGCAACCUCGGCAGCUCCGGUGUGGUGUCUGCUCGACAAGCUGGAAGCCAUGUGCAAGUGUUGGCUGCAUUUGUUGGCGGUUCAGCCGGAGGUGAGUGAUGUGGAGACCAGCGCGAAGCACGUGUUGCUUUUCACCAGUUUCAGUGGCAAGGCUGGCUUUGAGCGCAACAUCAAGAACCUGCUGCACGCUGAAAACACUUUCUGGUGCAAGGAGGCGCAGGAGGUGGUUCGAACCGCCAGCAAGACUCUGCUGGCGCAGGAAAAGUCCAACGAGUUGAAAGGCUUGCUCGAGCAAAAGCUUUCCGUAGAGGUUUUGGCGCAGCCCUUGCGUGUGUUCCAGGAACUGAAGGAGGCUCUACGUGCAACGGAGGUUCGCAAGUUUGCUCAGGCCCUCUCUGAGAGAUUUCAAGUUGCCGCCAAGUCGUUGAUGGGGGACGCAGACAGCUGCUUCCUGUUGAGUUCCAAGACAGUGGAUGUCAUUUUGGAGGGCUUGACGAUGUUUGAGGCGAGUGAGGGCAUUCCCACGGUCAAGGCUGAGCUCAGGACGUGGAUGACGGCGCAGAUGCAGAGCAUCAGGCAUGGCGAUGUUUGGCGCCUUCUGCAGUUUCUCAGCAGGGAGCAGGUGUCGCCUCAGGACCUGAAGUUUGACAAGAUUGCAAAGGUUGUGGCGCAGGUGACAAAUCAGAAGUGCCCGCCAGUUGACCGCAGCCCCGAUUACUACGAG